AUGCCUUCAAAUGAAACGGGUUAUACCAAUUCGAUAGGUAGUACAACUGUUGGUAAUUUACUGACUUCUCUCCCUUCACAAAACUCAUCAUCUUCAUUGGUAGCUGGCGCUCCAUAUAAUGAAAGUAGUUACCCAGAAGAUCAUACUGAAACCCAAAAGGCCACUAGGCUAAAAUUCUGGAGAAGACCAAAGGUAGCACCUAAUUUGGUUUCUUCUAAUAGUACUAAUAUUUUGAGUGGACUGCAAAACUCAACCCCAACUCAGCAUCAGCUUCACAGUUAUAAUCAAAGUCAAAAUACAACUCCAGUUCAAGGACUGGGAAAUCAACAACCUCAAAGCUGGAAUAAUGGCUCUAACACAAAAUUGAGUCAAACUUAUUCAUCCCAAGCGAUCCGUCCUCCUAAUAGCAAAAACUAUGUGAAUGCCAAUAGUGUUAAUAACAAUAAUAACAGCAACAACAACAACAACAAUAAUAAUAAUAAUAAUAACAUUGGCAAUAAUAGCAAUGUCUAUAACAAUGACUCUUUAACUGUGGAUGGUAACAACAAAAAAGGAAUAGGUUCAUUCAUGACAAAGUCUAGAUCAACUAACAUUCUUGAAUCAUUCUUAUCUGGAAAUAGUGCUCACAAUUCGCCAAAUGGUAAUCAUGAAGUUAAUGACCCGAUCCUGUUAGCUGAAAUUGACUCUGCUCCUCUUUUUACUUCAUCUAUUCAGAAACGGGCAGAGUAUGAAAACGAACAAGUACCACUCAUUAUAACGAAAUGUAUUGCAGAAGUGGAGAAAAGAGGAUUGGAUGUGGAAGGAAUAUAUCGUAUUUCUGGCGGCAAUUCGGCAAUCGUUGCAAUUGAGAAUGCCUUUGCCGAUUUACCUCCUAAUUCAACUAAGGACGAAAAGCAAUUGCGCAAGUUGGAGGAUGUAAUUAGUGGUGAUAUAAACGCUGUAACCUCGGCAUUGAAGCGCUAUUUACGUAAGUUACCGGAGCCAUUACUCCCAUAUGCCAAUUAUGACGAGUUUAUUAAAGUAGCUCUGUCAAUUCCUGGAAACAAACAAGAUAAAAGAAUUAAUGAAUUGAAGCUGAAGGUUAUUAACAAAUUACCUCCAACAAAUAAGCAUGUAUUAUUCUUGAUCUGUAAGCAUUUGGACUUGAUUAACUCGUAUGCUUCGGUGAACAGAAUGAAUUUCAAGAAUUUAUCAGUCGUUUUUGCGCCUACAUUAGUAAGAGAUGAGACCGGAGAAAAAGAAAUGAUUCAUAUGGGUUAUAGAAACGAUGUUACCGAAUUGAUGAUUACAAAUUACCAAAAAUUGUUUUAUGAUUAUUUACAGUAA